AUGGCGGGUGAUAACCCUUGGUUCCAAAAUCCAACCCCGCGAUACCAGAACUACAACUUUGGGAGCAGCUCAUCUCGUGAUCAUCAUGGCGUGGAUGAUGAUCGCCAAGAAGAGGAAAACAUAAAAGAACAAGACAGGCUACUCCCAAUAGCUAACGUUGGAAGGAUCAUGAAGAACAUUCUCCCACCAAACGCCAAGAUCUCUAAAGAGGCCAAAGAGACCAUGCAAGAAUGUGUCUCCGAGUUCAUAAGCUUCGUCACAGGAGAAGCAUCCGACAAGUGCCACAAGGAGAAGAGAAAGACCCUUAACGGAGACGAUAUCUGUUGGGCUAUGGCAAAUCUAGGUUUUGAUGACUAUGCUGGGCACCUUACCAACUACUUACAUCGUUACAGAGUUACCGAAGGUGAGAGAGCUAAUCAUCAUCAUCAUCAUCAUCAUCAUCAAGGCAAAGGAGCGAAGCCCUAA